AUGCAACAGGCGCGACUCCCAGAGAAGUUCCCCUUGGUUGGGCCUAAGCCUUUGGAGACAGCUGGUGAAGCCCCCCUCGAAUUAGACUAUGACGGGCCUGCUAUCGCUGGUCUGCCCAGUGCCCAGCCUCCUGGACUCUUCCAACUGGCGCCAUGUGGUCCUCGCCGCCUGGUCAGUUAG